AUGUUCAAGUAUCGGAUCCAGAUGUUGUUCAAUGAGGUGCUGCUGCUGAUGCGCUCCGAUCAAAACAGGAGGGCUGACCCAGGCUCCGACUCGCACAUCAGGAUGAGGGGCUUCGCCAGUGGAGGAUGUGGUUGGCCGCAGAUGAGCUGCUCUCGUCAGGAUGGUGGUGAAGAUGAGGAGGACUAUUAUGGGUCUGAACCCCGGCCACGCAGUCUGGCUCUUGAGGAUCAUAAAGGAACCAGAAUCCAGGAGGGGGCUCUGGACACAGGUUCCCCACCAAGCUUCUCUGAGAGCGGGACACGGACGCCACAGUGCCGGAUCUGCUUCCAGGGGCCAGAGAAGGGGGAGCUGUUGGGCCCCUGUCGCUGUGACGGCUCGGUGCGCUGCACCCACCAGGCCUGCCUCAUCCGCUGGAUCAGCGAGAGAGGCUCCUGGAGCUGCGAGCUCUGCUACUUCAAGUACCACGUGUUGGCCAUCAGCACCAAAAACCCUCUGCAGUGGCAGGCCAUUUCUCUGACGGUGAUUGAGAAGGUGCAGAUUGCUGCCAUCAUCCUGGGCUCUCUGUUCCUCAUGGCGAGUGUUUCCUGGUUGGUGUGGUCUUCUCUCAGCCCCUCGGCCAAAUGGCAGCGGCAGGACAUCCUGUUUCAGAUCUGCUACAGCAUGUACGGCUUCAUGGACAUAGUUUGCAUUGGCCUUAUAAUCCACGAAGGCUCUUCUGUUUACCGGAUCUUCAAGCGCUGGCAGGCGGUGAACCAGCAGUGGAAAGUGCUGAACUACGAGAAGGCCAAGGAUUUAGGCGACCCCAUCAGCUGCAGCGGUAAAGCUGCUGCUCAGGUCGAGACAAACUUUUCCAGUGGCCGAAGAAUGAGCCGGUACGUCAGGACUAUUCUCAACCACCACUGUGGCUACGCCAUCCUGCACAUCCUCAGCCAGCUGAGAGCGUCCAACCUGAGCGGCUCCAACCAGGAGAUGGUCAUGAGAGUGACAACCGUAUGA